GUUCCAAUUUUCUGGACUCAAAUCGCAUUUUGGCCAAGCGGUUUUAGGUCUGACCUACAGAAACCGCUUGGUCGAGGUGCGGUUUUAGGUCUGACCUAUUAAAACCGCAUCAUAAAGAUGCGGUUUUGUUUCUCCCAAAUAAAACCGCAUCCUAACAGUGCGAUUUUGCCAUACAAACCGCACCUUGAAGGUGCGGUUUUGGUCAAUCAAUUUCCGACAUGCCAUGCAGACAUAGCAGACGUGGGUCUGCAUGGGCCUGCAUGGCAGACAAAAACCGCACCUCUAAGGUGCGAUUUUCAUCAGUGAUUUUGCCUAUAAAAGACCCCUCCGAUGAAGGAGAGAACAACGUAAGUGCAGACAGCUCCGACCCUCUUGAAGGUGCUGAUGAUUCAGGACCAGAGUCAGACUCAACUAAUGAUGAUGAGGUGGCUCGUGACUGUGUACCAGUCCCCUACUACAAUCACAUUCCAGACGACAAUUGGAUGGUCGACAGCGACAUGGAGCCGCCAGAGGUCCCAAUAUGGGGUCCACUCACUGGGUUUAUGCAAUGGCCGUAAUUAAAAACAGGAGCAAAGACAUUUCAUAUAAUUAACAUAAUAGCAUUCU